AUGGGUACUGAAAGAAGAACAACUAGGAAAAGACGUGUUUCACAAACUACAAAGACUCAUUGUCGAUAUACUCCAGAGUAUUUUGAUAAAUAUGCUGUUGAGGAAAAAAGAAAGAAAAAUCGUCUUGACAGGGAAGAUAGAAGGCGACGGCGAAGUGAAUUACGAAGGAGAAAUGACGAUGGUUAUCAAAAUUCAUCAAAAAGUAGAAAAGAUAGUGGUAGUUAUGAACAUGAUCCACCAAAUAAAAAGAAAAAGACUAAAAUAGAAAAUAAAGUAAUUACAAAGACGAGUAAUUUAUCUGGUGCCUCCCGGUGGGGUACAGCAUUUUCUCCAUCUUUGACAGAAACUACUUCAUCCAAAUCACCUCUUCCUAUUUCUGAGGUAAUAGAUAUUAAUAAUAAAAGUGGAAAUCUUGUAGCACAACAGUGUAGAAAACAUUAUUUUUCUCAUAGGUUACCUCAAAGAGCUAUUGUUGCUCCAGCACCACUACAACAACCAGUUGAAAUUUUACCUGGUCCCAUGCGAAAACAACUUCCACCAACUGAUCCUUUAAUUCAAGCAGUUGCAGUUGGAUCAGCAAAUGCUAAUAGUGCUAGAAAAUUACCUUUAUUUGUAAUACCUAAAAGAAGAAAAUAUAAAAAUUUUGUUUCUAAAAGACGUAACAAUCAAUUGUUACAAAGUUUAAGAAAAUGUUAUUCUGAUCCUUGUUUAUAUAAAAGUUAUAACUCUUGGGGUGUAUCUAGUAAGAAAAUUUCUGUCAAUACUAGAAAAACCUCUAUUUCAAAAAUAAUAAAUCAAUUGAGUUGUGAUGAUAAAGGGUUAAAUAUUAUUUGUAGUGAUAAUUUAGUUAAAUGUAAACCUUCACCUGCUUUGGAAAGAAAAGCAUCAACAAGAAAAAAGAAGUUAAAAGAUUUAGAUAAUACUAAAAAAGAAUUAAGAGAAUUUGCUAAAAUUACUCUUCCUACCAUUGAUUCUAAAUAUCCAUCUUCAUCAACUUAUCAACCUACAAAGGAUGAUGAAGUUGUCAAAAAUACUGUUGAUGCUAUUACAGCCGCUUUUUCGGGUCAUUCUAUUGCUGUUGUUAAGUCUUCAACUCCUCAAAAGACUUCAACAAAUAAUAUUCCAAAAGUUAUUUUACCAUCAUCUUCUCAUACAAAACCACCAUUAUCAAAAGAAGUUUAUACUACUACACCUAAGAUUGCACCUAAUAGUCAUUCACAGGCUCCACCACCUGAGGAUGUUCCUGUUCGUGUAGGUACAGGAUCAUCAAUUAAUCAAUUACAACAACAAGGAACAUCGUCUAAGUUGUCUGUUAGUAAAAACCAAUACCAUAUUCCACCAUCUAAGUCCAAUCCAAAUUUUGUUAUAAAUAAAGAAAGUUUAAUGGCUGAAUUAGCGCUUCCUCCUGGUAUUGCAGCUAAGAUUAAUCACGUAAUAACUAGUGGAGGUCAAAAGAAAAAGACUACAUCAGCGAAACACUCAGCAAAUACUUCAAAUGCUAAUAAUACUACAGCAAGUAAUUAUCAGUAUCAAAGUAGUGGUAAUAAUCAAGUUACUAAUAAUGGACCAAUUGUAACACAAUCAUAUCAGGCACCGUUUAAAGAUGACAAAGAUGGACAUUUGAUAUAUAAAGAUGGUGAUUUAAUAUUAAAUAGGUACAAAAUACAAAAAACAUUAGGGGAAGGAACUUUUGGAAAAGUUGUUCAGGUAAAAGAUACGAAAUACGGUGAACGUGAAUUUGCAUUAAAAAUAAUAAAAAAUGUUACUAAGUACAGGGAAGCAGCUAAGUUAGAAAUAAAUGUAUUAAAAAAAUUAGCUGAAAAAGAUCCGCAAGGAGAACAUUUAAUAAUUCAUCUUAAAGAAAGUUUUGACUACUUUGGACACAUAUGUCUGAAAUUUGAACUGCUAGGAUUAAGUGUGUUUGAUUUUCUUAAGGCUAAUGAUUAUCAACCUUAUCCAAUGGAUCAGGCAAGAAUGAUAGCAUAUCAAUUGUGUUAUGCUGUUAAAUUUAUGCAUGACAAUAAAUUAACACAUACAGAUUUGAAGCCAGAGAAUAUUUUAUUCACAACAACUAAUUAUGAUACAAUUCCUUGUAGAAAAAAUAAAACUUUACGUAUUAUUAAAGAUGCUACAGUUCGUCUCAUUGAUCUCGGAAGUGCUACAUUUGAUCAUGAACAUCAUUCAACAAUUGUCAGCACAAGACAUUAUCGGGCACCAGAAGUCAUUUUAGAGUUGGGCUGGUCUCAACCAUGUGAUGUAUGGUCUAUAGGUUGCAUUAUGUUUGAAUUAUAUUGUGGAAAAACUCUCUUCCAAACACAUGACAAUAGGGAGCAUCUUGCUAUGAUGGAGAGAAUUCUAGGUUCAAUACCCUUACGAAUGGCAAGAAGAACGAGAACGAAAUAUUUCUAUCAUGGAAAAUUGGAUUGGAAUGAAAGGUCUGAGGCUGGAGCAUAUGUUAGAGAGCACUGUAAACCAUUAACUAGAUAUAUGACAAGUAAAGAUGAAGAAACACAAGAAUUAUUUGAUUUAAUAAGUUUAAUGUUAUGCUAUGAACCAACACAAAGAGUAACACUUGAAAAAGCAUUAACUCAUGGUUAUUUUAGUAGGAUACCUGAAGACAGAAGACUUCCAGGUGUGGAUCAUUCUACAACACCAUCAUCCAUUUCUAGUAGAGUUGCUACUGCUAGACCAUACGUUGUAAAGCAAUCACCUGAUUCCUAUACUCCCAUAAUGGGAUAA